AAACAUCUCGGCUCCGGCAACAAGUGAGCUCCCAACCAGUUCUCUUCGUGUUUCUUUUCUCUUAUUUUUCCCCACAAUAUCUAAUCCCACAUCAUCCCUAGCCCCCUCAUUCUGGAUUUCUGAUAUUCUCAUCUAGACCUCACCAUGCGGCUCGCCGUCUACGGCGCUGUGAGUUUCCCCGCCUGUGCUCUAACGUCUAAAAUUUUUCUAAAGUUGUAUCCAUGUAGACAAGUACCGUUCUCGGCGGUGGAGUAAUCCUUAGCGCGUUCAACUAUCGCGCGAACUUCUACUCUGCUUGUGUUCACUUGGGACAAUCCAAUGCCUGCCUCAUGGUUUUGACGAAUUUGUUGUUGCUCUUAUCCAUCCUCUUUGGUCAUGGUCUACAACUUGUCUUUUACGGACCCUUACGUGCUCCAGAGAUAGAACGACUUUACGAAAAGGCUUGGUAUGCUGUUACAGAAACAUGUCUGGCCAUGACGAUCUUCCGGGAUGAGUUUGACGUACGAUUUAUUGUGAUGUUUGGGGUUUUGCUUUUUAUCAAGUGCUUUAGUUGGAUUGGGGGCGGCAGGGUUGAAUUCGUUAGUACCCCAUAUUUUUACUUGAAGACGUAGCUGAUAUCGCUAGAUGGAAACCCAACCACCCGUAAAUCCUAUGCUGUUCCAUAUACGCUUGGCCUCUUCUCUCGUCCUUCUGCUGUCGGCCUGCGGAGCAAUGCUCUGGCACUCCGUCAUUUCGGUAUUGGAGUUGGGUCGCCCCAACAUGAUGGUUAUGUUUGCUUUCGAAUUUGCAAUAUUGUUAAUUACCUCAUUGGGUAUUACGGGAAGAUACGUUCUGAAUGUGGUGGAGAAGUUUAUUCUUAAGCGUGAAGCGGCUCGGAGAAGGGAAGCGAGAGUGGUUGAGAGGGACGCAGUACGCAAUCGCCGUGGGGCACAGAGGGCAGAAAACCAGCGGAGGCGGGAUUUAGGCGAAUUUGUUGAAGAUGAGGCCCUGCCUGAGGAGGGUGAUGAGGAGGAUGACGAUGAGAUUGAUGUUGGCGGAUGGGAGGAGAAGGGCACUUGGGUUUUUUAUCUGGAGCUGACCACGGGUACGCAAUAGCCCUAGGGAAAUGAGCGCUGCUAACUUCUGCAGAUUUAUUGAAACUCGCUACCUACCUGUGCUUCUUCGCCAUCGUUCUCACUUGGUACGGGCUGCCGCUGCACAUCAUUCGAGAUGUCUACCUCACUCUGCGAUCUUUCAUCACCCGUAUCCGAGAUUUUAUCCGGUACCGCCGAGCGACCGCGCACAUGAAUUCACGAUACCCGGAUGCUAGUGCAGAGGAGGUAGAGCGAGAGGGUGUUUGUAUCAUUUGCAGGGAAGAGAUGCGUGCUUGGACGGCAGGUGCGGAGAACGAGGGAGGGAGAGCUGUUGGGACUCAGGAUCAGCGGUCUAGGCCAAAACGCCUUCCUUGUGGUCAUGUGCUCCACUUUUCUUGUCUUCGCAGUUGGUUGGAGAGGCAGCAGCGGUGUCCCACCUGUCGCCGGCCUGUUCUCGACGAGCCUGCCGCCAACAUUCCAGGCGGCAACAAUGCGGCGAACGCUGCAGCCCCCGGGCCGCCUGGGAUCAAUUUUCAGGCUGCAGGAGAUGGAUUAGGUUUCAGGGCGGAGAUCGCAUUCGGGGUGGGCGGGCCUGGCCUUGUGCAGAACUUAAUAGACAGAAUGAAUGCGCCACCUGUUCAGCAGUGGAAUCGAAAUGCCCAACGACCUCAAGAACCAAAUGCCGAUAUUGCGCUUGCAAUGAUGGGCGCUACCGGGAAUAUGCGGACAGAGAUCGACCAGCAUAUCGCGAGGACUAGGCAACUCCUUGAUCGUGAGUUAGCUAUGAUCGAUAUUACCCGAAGGCAGCUCAGGCAAUUGCAAGAGCUACAGAUACACGCUCAGGUGGCUGCCGGAGGUGCCCCAGACGCCACCGCUAGACCUGAGAAUCACGCUCAGGUGGCUGCCGGAGGUGCCCCAGACGCCACCGCCAGGCCUGAGAAUCCUGCCACCCCUGCUCCACAGGAAGCUGGAAUACAAAUUACUCCAAGCCGGUCUACAAAUGUUGGUGCUCGUGGGGACUGUGUUUCGACUCCUGGUGACCAGAGCGCCGCUAGCACUACUCUCCCCACGGCUGGUCACCCUGCUCCUAAUGGCCUUCAACCUAAUCCUGGUCUCCCGGGCGGCCCUCUGCUGCCUGCUGGCAUGACUCUUCCACCUGGAUGGAGUGUUGUUCCUUUGGCUGUCCCAGGAGCUGAUCCAGUCGCUAACUCUCCUGGCACUACCACAAGCGGUGGGGGGAUCCGCCUUCUCCGACGACGGGGGCAGCGGACAUACCAAGAGUGGAUGAGAGCUUACCAUGCCCGGAUGACACCGUCAGCUGAGAGAACAGAGCGGCAGGGGGAGCUGAGGCCUGCUCAUCCACCAGUUGGUAUGGCCAUUCCUGCCUCCAGAGACCUCACUAUACACUUCAGCUCUGCGCCCUACUCAUUCUCAAUUCCUACUAUCCCUGAAGAUAUAUCCACUCGUCUGACCAGAACACAAAUUGCGAAUCUAAGACCUAGGGUUCGCGAGAGCGUUGCGGUUAUUAGCCAUUUUGUCCAAUAUCAUGUUGACGAAGAUAGACUUCACCUGGCAUUGGAGAUACUCUACGGCUUGCCCGAACAAUUCAGACGGGAUGUGCUCGACGGGUGGCCGGAUCGGGAAAUGGCACGGGUAUUGGGUACCGGCGGGGAAUGCUUACCUCCUCCCACAACUGGACGAUUUAACCUCGCCGCUUAUCACGUCUCUGUCCUCGCGAUGCAGUUUUCGUUUGAAAGCAGGGUCCGUCUUCUCCUUGGCAUCCCAAAGACUCCCUUCAGAGAUAGCCUCGUUCGGUACUUUCAGGAUCCCCAAAUCAACGCCGAGCUUGAGAAACUAGAUGCUGCAAUCUCAGACUUAGGACAGCCACUUCCAAAUGUAUCCUCACUACUCGAGAGCAUAUCCGACUGGACCGAAAUCCCCAGCCUUUCCGAGAGUUGCGACAAAGAUACCGCAGAGAGGGCUGAGAAAGAAACUAGAGAGAUCGCCAAUAAGCGGAUCCGGGUUCUCAAUGAUAUUAGCCUUGCUAUGCGCACGGCUGCAAACAGGCUAGAGCAGGCUGAUCGGCCACCGUCGGAGCGCGUCGUUGGUCAGUUCAAUCCCAAUAACGAACUCUCAUUAUUUGGUCAGCGCAGUAUUUUUGACUCUAUAGCACAAUCACGUGUCUUGGAUUCGUUUGGGAGGGACAUUGUCGCCGAGGAGCGGCUAUGGUUGGAAAAGCAACAUGCAGUAGAAGGGCUGUUGUCUACCACCAGUGAAUCCACGAAUGCUGGCCAGGAGAAGGGUAAAGGAAGGGCCACAGUGGAGGACGCGGAGGAGUAG